AUGAAGAAUCAAAAUUCAAAUCAGCAUUUCACAGAUAGAUCCGGAGAAGAAGAAAGUAAGCCACUCCUUGCUUCUGUGUCGUCGAAAACUCCACCAUCCCCACCAGAAGUCAAACGCACAAGUCGAAGAACCAGAGAACGGGAAGAAGCUACUGAAAACAGCAAUGGGAAGGCAUACAACAAUUACAAUGCAAUCUCAUCAACUUCAGCAUCAACGUCAGCAUCAACGUCAGCAUCAAUAUCAACAAGCCAAGAGAAGCUACAACGCGACAAUAAGUGGGAGACUGCUGUUGCAGCAACAAGUAUGAAUACCACCACCAAUUUUGGAAUUUGCAAAUUAUUCCUCUGGGUUUUUACCAUUCUGGUGGUUGGCUAUCAUUUGGGUCGUGCCAUUCUUCAUUCGAGGUUGGUCCUGAAACCUGACAGUAAUACUAAGGGACACCACCAACAGCCUACCUUUCUUUCCAUUGUGAAUCCCCAAAGCAUGGACUAUAUUCGGAUUCGGCAACAUUAUGCUCAGUAUAAACAGUGGCAACAAAAUAUUGGUACGCCCAUGAAUCUUCUGACAACGCUACCAGAAGACGAUUCAUCACAGGAGCCCUCAUUGUGGAAACUCCAAUUGGACAAAACUGAAAUGCACAGUCCACAUGAAUCUUUGACCGUUUCUUGGAAGCAUCUUGCGACUCUUAGUGAUGCUGGUGUUCCGUUGCUGCAAGAAGAUGAUUUGAUUGCCUUGCAUUGCACCAGUAUGAGUUCCAAAGUCAAGACCAUGGAGAUUGCCACGAUUGCACAAGCCAGGGCCACAUCUCAAAAACAUGCUCCAGAUUUGUACCGGAAUCAUCUUGACGAAUGGGUCAUUCCGGCAUUUCCCAUGGUGCGAGAAUCCCAUUGUUGGUUUGCCGUCUACUCCUCCUCGGCUGUCUAUAACAAUAGCAAUAGCAAUUCGGAUGACGAGACAUUGGAGGAACAACGGUACCCCAUGCUUGCCCACUCGCCCAUUUUGGAAUUCUUCCUAAAAGAAAUGCCAACCCACAUUCAUUUGGCCCGAGGGGACGAUCCCACCAAAAUGAUUGUUCACUUUUCAACAGUCCAAGACGGUCAUCCACUGGCCAUGUAUGGGGUGGGAACCGACGUGAGUCAAAAGGAGGAAGGCACUUCCACCACCUAUCAUGCAACAGACAUGUGUACGGCACCGGCGAAUGAAACCGAUACUGGCAAAUUCAUCGAUCCAGGAAUUUUGCACACGGUUGAAUUGACUGGAUUGGUACCCAAUACUGUCUAUUCCUACAAGGUGGGAUUGACUUUUGGACAGGGCGUCGUUUGGUCGGAUACGUUUAUCUUCACUAGUCCUGCCACGACCAACUUUUUCAAUGAGACGGCUGGCGAUAAUACUACCUAUACAUAUCUGGUCUAUGGAGAUCAAGGGUGUCCCUCUGUCGGGUGGGGAGAAGGCGGCAAGUGGACUGCUGCCAUGGCGGCCCGUGAGGCAACCGCCCGAGAGGUCCAUCACAUUGGUGAUUUGAGUUAUGCGCGUGGAGCAGCACAUAUUUGGGAUGAGUGGUUGGCCAUGGUUUCGGGUUCCUUUGCUACCAAAUUACCACUCAUGGUUGCCGUUGGAAAUCAUGAAUACGAUCACACCACGGGCGGAGAUCAUGGAAAGGAUCCCAGUGGUCUGGACGAAGUACAUGGAUUCAUGCCGUCAUGGGGCAACAUGGGAGACGACUCUGGAGGUGAAUGUGGAGUGCCGACCUCCAAGCACUUUCAAAUGCCCGCUUCGUCUCCUGACAGCAAUGGAGUCUUUUGGUAUUCCUACGAUUCGGCCAACGUACAUACCAUUGUGUUGUCCAGCGAACAUGAUCUUGCCUCAUCUUCUGUACAGUAUCAGUGGCUCGAAGCUGACUUGUCGACGGUCAAUCGAACUAUAACACCCUGGGUGGUUGUCGAGCUUCACCGGCCCUUGUAUUGCAAUGAGGCGUUGUGGCCAGAUGUUGCCACGGGAAUUGGCAUGCGACAAGAAUUUGAGAAUUUGUUGGGAUGGUACGGCGUGGAUCUGGUCUUGGCAGGGCACGUCCAUUCCUACUUUCGAUCUUGUGCGGGUCUUUGGCACAGCCAAUGCAACAAUGGGGGUCCAACACAUCUCGUAGUUGGAGCUGCGGGGGCCAUGUUGGAUAAUUCUCCGUCGUAUUCCCAAGAAUGGGCUGUCAAGAAUAUUCAAGGGGUAUAUGGUUAUGGACGCAUCACGGUCCACAAUGAGACCUGGAUGCACUUUGAGUUCGUACAGGCAGGUCCAGAUGACGACCCACAUGCUGGAGAUGUGCUGGACGAGGUUUGGGUCACUCAUUCAACAAAAGACGACAGCGUAGAGUAA